GUGUGCCGAUCCGAUCCCAAAUCAUCGGUGUCAGCGAGCGUGCAAAACGUUCUCUUUGAAAAUUUCUCCUCCAAGUGCGGUGGUGUAUUUUGGGUGGCGUAUCGCAUCGGUUGCGCAAAAAUCCCAUUUUCUCCUCCACACACAGCAGUAGGUUUUAGGCACUGCGGACUGCAGUGGUGAGCCAUGGCGGUGCCAAUUGCUUGCACGCGGUUUAGCGACAACUACGACCUCAAAGAGGAACUUGGAAAGGGAGCUUUUUCAGUAGUUAGAAGAUGUGUCCAAAAAUCAACUGGUUUGGAAUUCGCCGCCAAAAUAAUAAACACGAAAAAAUUAUCAGCGAGAGAUUUCCAAAAGUUAGAAAGAGAAGCACGAAUUUGUAGGAAAUUACAGCAUCCAAACAUAGUGAGGUUACACGACAGUAUACAAGAAGAAAAUUUUCAUUAUUUAGUAUUUGAUUUGGUAACGGGUGGCGAAUUAUUUGAAGAUAUUGUAGCGCGAGAGUUUUAUUCAGAAGCAGAUGCAUCACAUUGCAUACAACAGAUAUUAGAAUCAGUAAAUCAUUGUCAUCAAAACGGUGUAGUACAUAGAGAUCUCAAGCCUGAAAACCUUCUUUUAGCAAGUAAAGCCAAAGGAGCAGCUGUGAAAUUAGCCGAUUUCGGUCUAGCGAUAGAAGUGCAAGGAGAACAACAAGCCUGGUUCGGUUUCGCAGGAACGCCAGGAUAUCUCUCUCCGGAAGUAUUGAAAAAGGAGCCCUAUGGGAAACCUGUAGAUAUUUGGGCAUGUGGUGUUAUAUUAUACAUUCUUUUAGUCGGUUAUCCUCCAUUUUGGGAUGAGGACCAACACCGGUUAUACGCACAGAUUAAAGCUGGUGCUUAUGAUUAUCCCAGUCCGGAAUGGGAUACGGUCACUCCUGAGGCAAAAAACCUCAUCAAUCAAAUGCUUACGGUUAAUCCAGGAAAGAGAAUUACUGCCUCGGAAGCUUUAAAACAUCCAUGGAUUUGCCAAAGAGAACGUGUGGCGUCUGUUGUUCAUCGACAAGAGACUGUGGAUUGCCUCAAGAAAUUCAAUGCCAGACGCAAGCUUAAGGGUGCAAUACUUACAACUAUGUUGGCUACGCGUAAUUUCUCAAAAUGUGGUAGAAGUAUAAUCGUGAAAAAAGGCGACGGAUCUCAAGUUAAAGAAUCAACCGACAGUUCAACAACACUAGAAGACGAUGAUAUAAAAGAGGAUAAGAAGGGCGGAGUCGACCGCAGUUCUACUGUAAUUGCCAAAGAACCGGAAGGCUCUGGAACUCCUCCACAAUCGCCAAGAAUAGCACCUUCUUCUUCAAGUUCGCCUUCUAGUUCUGUCGCUGCUGCAAACCCACGACCCAAUACUCUUAAUUUAGGGCAAGCUUUAUUGCAGGGGGUACAAGAUUUGGAUUCUGUUGAUACUGAGCACUGGGUUGAAACAACAGUUGGAUACAACCGUUUUCCAACCGAAGAAUCAGAAAUACGGAUUGUGUGCCCCGAAAAGCCAUAUUCUCAACUAUCCACAAAUUCGCAAGGUUCAGCACGACGACAAGAAAUCAUCAAAAUGACCGAACAACUUAUUGAAGCGAUUAAUACGGGAGAUUUUGAAGCUUAUACAAAAAUAUGUGAUCCACAUUUGACUGCAUUUGAACCGGAAGCCAUGGGAAACCUGGUUGAAGGCAUGGAUUUCCACAAGUUUUAUUUUGACAAUGUUUUGGGAAAAAAUUGCAAAGCUGUAAACACCACAAUUUUGAACCCUCACGUCCACUUAUUGGGCGAAGACGCAGCUUGCAUCGCUUACGUGAGAUUAACACAAUAUAUGGACAAACAUGGCCAAGCGCACACUCACCAAUCGGAAGAAAGUCGUGUGUGGCAUAAAAGAGACAACAAAUGGCAAAAUGUUCAUUUUCAUCGCAGUGGCGGCACAGGUGGCGCUGCUUUCGGCUUCAGUUCACAUAAAUAGGACAUUAUGCCAUAACUUUCAUCGAGCAUUCAUAUAUAAACUAUGUUUACUGUGAAUUCUAUUUGUGGUGAUGUGUGAUUCUGAUAUUUUUUAUUGAUUCUUAUUGUUUUUACAUUAGAUAGUGUAGUUUUCUCUAUCACAAUUAUUACAUGUUACCAACCUAUUAUUCCAUAUAAUGUCCACACUUAUUAUUGCUUGAAACAAGUGAUUUUCCAUUGUUUUUGCGUAGUAUAGUAGAUGUUAGUGGAUUUUUUAAGUCACAAUCGUGUCUAGUGAGCUACAUUGUAUGGAAUAAAUGAAUAGAUUGCCUUCUAUGAUAUAUUUCUAGGCUUGCCAUUGAAGGGUUGGUAUUGUAACUGAAAGUGGCAGCUUUUGCAGCACACCAAACCUAACUAUAAGAUAUAAGAAAUAACUACUUAGCCAAAUGAUUAUAGAUAAAAACAAGAGUAUUUAUUGAGAUUUUAAGUUUCUCCUUUAUUACACUACAAUCAGAAAUUUAAACAUUCUAGGCUAGGAAUUAAUGGUGCGAGGAUUAUUUUAUAUUUGUAAAUUAUUGCUUUGUUUUCCUGAAAAGUCUUAAACUACUGCCUUAUUAAGGUUUAAGUAGGGUUACAGUACUUAUUUAUUAGUGCACUGAUGCAUGGCAAUUUUUAUAGCAAAGUUAUAACUCUUAUAGAGUACCAACCACACUUCUAUAACCACCAGCAACACUGUUGCCAACUUAGUUUCAAAAUCAGAGACCAUUUUAAUUGACCAUUCGGUAUAAUUCUUGUUUUUUUGAAACAAUCAUUUUGUACAUAGGAUUAACGUAAUAGUUUACAAAGAUUUAAUGAUAGAGGUCGCACGUUGCUUAAGACAAAGAUGAACAAACGCCCCUUUUAGUUGCACCUUGAGGCGAAAUAAAGGGGAGAUUUGUACAUAAAAAUGUAAACAAUUUUGGAACUUUAAUAUUGACAUUUAAGUCGUACUAUUGACAUGUUUUUAGCUCUCUUAAUAUGAAUAUACUUAAGGAUAAUGUGUAAUCACUAUAUCUAAUUUUCACAUAUUUUGGUCAUUUCAUCUAUUGUAUCGAUAUUUUUUUCUCGAAUGAUUUGUUCAAACGAAAAACCGCGAGAUAAUCACUAGAUUGGUGCGCUCAAAAUAUCAUAAAACGAAUAAAUGUUUAUAAGAAUUCGUGUGAAAAAUAUCGAUAGUCUGCUGCUUUUUAAUGUAUUUGCUGAGACUUAUCGAAUUUAAAUGAAUUAUCCACUACAUGUUAGAAUAGUUAUUCUUUUUAGUGAAUUUGUAGUUAAAUUGUAAUAAAGUGGUUAAUGAAAUAAGUCAUUCUAUGAAUUGACUUUAAAUUUUGAAAUACAUAUGUUAGGCCUAAAGUAACUUUUGUUUUUCAAGUUUAUGGACCAUCUUCGUAUUAUUUUUAACUACAAAAUCAUCACAAGUUUAAAUUUCUUUAGACAGGAAAGGAUUGAUGAGAUUUUAUACUGUUCCUAUUUUAACACAUCUUGUGAUUUUUGCAAUAUUUUCGUGUAAUAUGCUAAGUGAGUGUAUUCAAUCCCUCAUCUGUUACAACUGUUUUGUUAUUGGAACGACACUGUAUUUACCCCAGCAACAAAGUUGAACUUGUUUUAAACAAUAUUGAUGUUUUAGGCUAGUUAACAAAUAUAAAUAUCAAAGAAAAUUCUUGUUGCGGGUAAACAAAGUGAAAAUUCCAUUAUAUAAACCUACUGAAUGUACAAUUCUUUACAUAACAACUAUAUUUUAAUGUUUUGUGCAAUAUAGUUAUAAAUAAUAGUGUUUAAUGUUGUUUUUAAGAUGUAAGUUACAUAUUUGCUCAUAUACUUAAUUUUUAUUUAAAUAUUUUGUGUUGUACAAUAUUUAUACAGGGCAAAUGGAAUACUAUGUUUAAGACAUUAUUAGUUGGCACUUUUGUGAAACUACAAAAGAAAUCACAAUCACAGUGCCAUACAGUUUUGUAUAGUUUUUUUUAGUAAUUAUGUUCAGUGGAUAAACACACAUAUUAAACCGUUGAAAAUGUAUAUAAAGAAUGAUCUUAUUAAAUUUUUGCUUCUAUCAUGUUCAACAUGUACCUAUACAUGAUGUAUGUUUUCCCUUUACAAUCAAGUGUUUGAGUAAACCACUUUUAUGGAAAAUUAAAUUGAAAAAAAUAUUA